AUGUUUAAUCAGCACAGUUAUUUUAAGAAAUUUGAAUACUGUGGCUACUCUCCUAAUGUGCGAAGUUGCAAGCCAAACACUGACGGGAUUUCAACAUUUGAGAAUCUUCUUGCAAACAUCAUCCUUCGCGUUUUUGUGUGGGUGGUGGCCUUCAUCAUCUGCUUUGGCAACGUUUUUGUGAUAUGCCUGCGGUCUUGCAUUGCAUCCGAAAAUCAGCACCACACCAUGGCCAUCAUAUCACUGUGCUGUGCUGACUGCUUGAUGGGAGUAUACCUGUUCUUCAUUGGUGCAUUCGACAUCAAAUACUGUGGAGAGUACAACAGACACGCCCAGCUGUGGAUGGAGAGCAUGCAGUGCCAGUUGAUUGGCUCUCUGGCCAUGCUGUCCACUGAGGUGUCAGUCAUGCUUCUGACCUACAUGACUAUGGAGAAGUACCUGUGCAUUGUGUUCCCCUUCCACAACUACAGAGCCGGACGGAAACAGACACUCUGCUACCUCAUCUUCAUCUGGGUCCUGGGUUUCAUAAUCGCCGUCAUUCCCCUCUGGGACAAGCAGACGUUUGGGAAUUACUACGGCAGGAAUGGAGUGUGUUUUCCACUUCACUCAGACGAGAUUGAGAAACCAGGUGCCCGAUGCUACUCCACUGGAAUAUUUCUGGGAUUGAAUCUCUUUGCAUUCGUCAUGAUCGUCUUCUCCUACACCAGCAUGUUUUACUCUGUACAGAAAACUGCUAAGACAGCAAGACAGUCCGUCUACAACAAGGAGGUCUCUAUAGCCAAGAGGUUUUUCUUCAUUGUUUUCACAGAUGCCAUGUGUUGGACACCUAUAUUCCUCCUAAAGAUCCUCUCUCUUUUACAAGUGAAAAUAGCAGGAACAAUCGUUUUAUGGGUGGUGAUCUUCAUCCUGCCCAUCAAUAGUGCCCUAAACCCCAUCCUGUACACCAUCACCACCAGCUCCUUCCAGGAGAGACUGAAACUCUGCCUGAAGGCCAAGUGCAAACAGACUGAGCUCAGGGAAACUUCCCAAAAAGUAUCUGAAGUCUACCAGAACCCCAGCCCUCCUCCUUAACAAAAAGGAACCUCUCAGUCAGGGAGCUCGCCGACCCUCCUGGGUGUGCAGGCUUUUAUUCCAGUCCUUCUGGAACACACCUGAUUCAGAUCAUCAAGAUCUUGCAGAUCAUCUGAUACAUAGGAUCAGUGUGUUUGAGCAGGGCUUGAGCAAAGCCUGCAUACCGAGUAGCUCUCCAGGAGGGUUGGCUAUCCAUGCUCUUAUGUAAUUUGAUAUGGAGAGUGAUGUAUUCAUGUAAUCAUUCUUUACCAGCAAGAGAACAAAUUCUCUGGGAACCAAUUUAUUGCCAAAUGUUUUGUGAAUACAUAAUGUACAGUUACAGUAAACACAGAUGUGCAGAAUCAACGUAUUUUCCUGACCCAAAUUACAGUAUACCAAACAUUAGGAACAUCAUCUACACCGAUUGAAGUGGAUUUAACAAGUGACAUCAAUAAGGGAUCAUAGCUUCGACCUGGAUUCACCUGGUCAGUCUGUCAUGGAAAGAGCCUCUGUUCUUAAUGAUUUGUACACUCAUUGCAUAUGAAUUGUAGAAAUGUAUAAUUAAAAAAAUCCACAAAUAUGGAAUUGAAACGGUGUAAAUUAGUGAUAUGUUUCAGGUUUUAAUGUGUGACAUUUGGUAAAUUUCACAUUCUGAUGCAGUGAUACGGCUUUCUUCAAGCUCAACUGUGACAAGAAUACAAAUGAUGGUGGUGAAAAAGGGGCUGGGGAUUUAGGGAGAGAAUACACAUUUCAACAAAUCUAAUGCUUUUGUCAUUUGUUUACAGUCAGAGCCAUAUAAUACAAAUAGGUAGUAAAUGGAGAAUAAAGAGUAAUAGAUGAGACAAAUUAGAUAAAGACGUUGUGGGCUAAGAUGUUAAGUUAUUUACUACUGCUUCAAUGAUAUAAGUACAACAGCCUGUUAUGUGUUACAAAAAAAUAAUUAAGUUAAAAAUACACUGUAGUUCACAGAACUGUGUUUAUGGUUAUUGUUUCCACACAAUUUUUUAAAUUAUUCAAUGGGCGUAAUUCCAGUUAGGAGCACUGGUUACUAGUGUAUGUACUGUAUGUAAAGCGUAUGGCAUAAGAAAACACUGAAAAAGGUUAAAGGCAUUCAGUCAUGGCAUAACUCAGAUUAAGAUUAGAUCAAACAAAACAUCAUCCCUGUACAUGGUUACAUUCUGUACAGACACUUAUAGUCACUUACAUACUGGUAGUCACAGUCACACGACACACGACGGUCAUACGACUCAAAAGGACUCAAUCAUACAGACAUAAAUAAAACACUGAUUACUGAGACACAAUAGAUAGGGAAGAUACCGAGUCAGUUGUACAACUGAAUGCCUUCCACAUUUAACCCAAGCCCUCUGAAUCAGAGCGGUGCAGGGAGCUGCCUUAGUCACCAUCCACGGCACCCAGGGAACAGUGGGUUAACUGCCUUGCUCGGGGGCAGAACAACAGAUGUUAACCUUGUCAGCUCGGGGAUUCAAGCCAGAAACCUUCCAGUUACUGGGCCAACGCUCUAACCACUAGGCUACCUGCCACACUUACGUUUCCUAAAGCUCGGGCUGUCUGUCCACUGUGGAGCAUGCUCCAAUCCUUUCCCCUCCUCAUUGUGAUAGUUAAAUAUUUAUUCAUGGAUAAUUUCCUGACAUCAAAGUUUGAUUUAUUCUAUCGUUUGAGUUCCGUGCUUAUAUAUUAUAGUUUGGGCCUUGGUGAACAGAUAUUUGCCCAUUUAAAACAUGUCUCUGUUCCUAUUUUUAAACUUCUGAAGAUCUGGGGAAGAAGACUGAUCCCUAGAGCUCAGCAGCUAAAUUAAAGCGAGAGGAGGUUAACCAGUUAGACUUAUAAAGAUAGGAGUAAAAGGAAGAGACAUAACAUGAAGUCCAGAGUAGAGCCCCCUCUUGAGAUGUUUAACAUACAGUGUGUGAUGAUAAACACUUGAGUAAUACAAGCAGUUGAUGAGAAUGUAUAGCCAAAGCAAGGCCUGGGAGGGUGGGGGGUCUACUAAGCUAACAUAUGGAAUUGUUUUAAGAUGGUAAUACCAUGGAUCAUUUAGCUAUUUGAUUUUGAAUUUUAGGACCCCUGUCAGUAUAAAAAUAUAUAUAUUGAUAAAAUAUUGAAUUUGGCCUUUACUACUAUAGCCCAUAGAAAUACAUUGAGUAACACACAAAUACAUGGCAAAACAGAGAGUCCAAAAAAAAGUCCGAUAUCUAGGAGAUAAAAGAAAGCUCACUGCCACCCACUAAGGUGUCUCAGUAAGCAACCAUUUUCUCUCUUACAUCUAAGUAUCAUCAAUACUGGGGUUUAGCUAUUCAAGUAGCAAGGUAUGGUGCCAUUCUUAUGUUUGAGAUGCAGCGAAUCACAGUAGUAAAAUAUAUUAGCUCUGUGAAUUUAUCAUGAAGAAAUUGCAUAGUAUACAGAACAAACAGGAAUGGUUGCUAAAGAGCUCUCCUGAAUUAUUCCAUGGCAUUUUAGCAUCCUCGCCUUUAGUCUUGCUCCUUUCACAGCAGCAUUAAAAUGGGAACUGAUAUGUAAGUAUCAUAAGUAAAGCUAUCAACACAAUUGUCCUAAUCUAACC